GCACAGUGACUAGGGCGCCGAGGAAGGUCUCCCUUCCUUCUAGACAUGAAGCAUCUACUGACUGCACUCGUGGUUGUGCUGAGUGCCACCCUUCCCGGGGAGCAGGUCCUGGGCUCGGCCACCGGCUGCAGCCGCCGCUAUCUGAGGCGGAUCAAUGGCAAGUGCUACUACUUUUCCGUGAAGAAGAUGAACUGGCAUGGCGCACUGAACAAUUGCCUGCGCAAGGGCCUGACUCUGGCCGAUCUGAGCAACCCAAGAGAUUUCUAUGGAGCCAUCGACUUCCUCAGCUCCAAGGGCAACACGGAGGACUUCUGGUUCGGGGGCAACGACCUGCAGCACGAGGGCCGCUUCCAAUACAUCAGCAACGGGCGCCUGGUGCGCUUCUUCAGCAACUACAGCAUCGUGGAGCCCGCGGAGCACUCGGAGUGCGACGAUUGCCUGGAGGUGCGCAUCCGCUCAAACAUGACAGUGGUGGCCGACGACAACUGCCUGGAGCGGCAGUACUUCAUCUGCUCGGAGCGCUACUGCGAGGGCACAGGCGACGCGGCCAAGCCGAAACAUCACAGCCACGAGCAUCUGCAUCACUUCCAUCACGACAUUGGCGACAGCGCCGGCGACGACGAGGUGGAUGCCAACGAUACCCCGCCCAUUGGCAGCGGCUCGGGAGAGAAUGCCGGCAGCGACUCGGAGGGUGCUGUCGAGUUUGCAGACCUGCCCGACGACCUCCAAGCUUCUUCUCCCACGCCGAUGCAGGAGAUGCCUUCAGAUGCAGAAUUACCACCGGGCGGCCAGCCUCCACCAUGGGGCGGAGCUGAAGCUCACACCGAAGCAUCCCCUGCAUCUGAAGAGGUAAUGCAGCCAGGGGACAUGGCCGAGGGGCGUACUACGUCAUCAGGCGGCGAAGAUCAGGAAACAGGCGCUGGACCAAGCACUCCAGCGGGCGAAGGAGAAGGUACUACAGCGGCAGAAGGUGCACUUACUACGCCAGCAGCCGGAGGGGAAGAAAAAAUAGCCGGAGAAGGCGGAGAAACUAAACCCGGAGAAGGCGGAGAAACUAAACCCGGAGAAGGCGGAGAAACUCCGGCGGGAGAAGGCGGAGUAACUGCUACGGGAGAAGGUGGAGCAACUCCUGCCGGAGAAGGCGGAGCCACUCCUGCGGGAGAAGGUGGAGACACUCCUGCGGGAGAAGGCGGAGCCACUCCUGCGGGUGAAGGCGAACCCACGAAAGCGGCUGAUGGAGAACCUACAACAGUGGGAGAAGGCGGUGUAACUCCAGCGGGAGAAGGUGGAGAAACUGCUGCAGGAGAAGGUGGAGAAACUCCUGCGGGAGAAGGCGGAGCCACUCCUGCGGGUGAAGGCGGAGAAACACCUGCCGGAGAAGGCGGAGCAACUGCUGCGGGAGAAGGUGGAGAAACUCCUGCGGGAGAAGGUGGAGCCACUCCUGCCGGAGAAGGUGGAGAAACUGCUGCAGGAGAAGGCGGAGAAACUGCUGCGGGAGAAGGCGGAGCCACUCCUGCGGGAGAAGGUGGAGAAACUCCUGCGGGAGAAGGCGGAGCCACUCCUGCGGGAGAAGGUGGAGAAACUCCUGCAGGAGAAGGCGGAGCAGCUCCUGCGGGAGAAGGCGGAGCAGCACCUGCGGCCGAAGGAGAAGCAACGCCAGCAGCCGAAGGAGAAGCCAAGCCAGCGGCCGAAGGAGAAGCCACGCCAGCGGCCGAAGGAGAAGCUGCAGAGGCGCCGCCUGCUGAAGGCCCAGCAGCACGAGCACCCCUAGCAGCGAUGCAUCACAUAAUCUAAUAUAAAUUCAGUUCUGUUCUAUUAAAUCAUUCUAAAAUAAAAUCCAAAAUCCUUGAGCCAAA